UUGGCUCAAGUUUUCCUGCUGGACUAUGAGCUUGUUCUUGCGCAGUUGUUUCACCACCGACGUUGCGCUUCUCUAGUUGUCCGCAUCAUGAUGGGAUGGUCGGGAUGGCCCAUCCCCCAAGACGCAAGUGGCGAUCUCAAGCUGACGCCCAUCGCGUCGAAGGCUUGCAACUGGUGUUCCGCGGUUUGCGUUAUCAUGAUGGCCUACACCCAUGUGUUCUACGAGUACGCGGACAGGAGACCGUGCGCGCGCGCAGAGGACCCGUCGAUAGCAGGGUUCAUGCGGAUGACAGCAAUUCUGGCGGCGGCUGGCCUGUGCUACGAGACCUGCAUUGGCAUCUCGAUCCCCCUGAUGGGCCUGAACCGCACGUUCCAGUCUGACAACAGCACCCGCCGACGACUCAGGCUGAACAAGAAGAUGACCUACGUGUUCGCUUUUCUUUGCACCGUCUACACGCUCAUGGCAAACGACAUCCAGGUGGUGCACGAGGGGUGGCUCGCCGCGCAUCACGGCGGACAUCAGAUCGUCUACAGCUUGCGCUACGUCGAGUGGGUCUUCUGUGCGCCAAUGGUCCUGUCCAUCUCCGGGCAGCUUGACCACGCCCCGGACGGCACACCUCGCAACGGCAUGGUCCCGUCGUCGCUGCUCACGGGCAUCUACUGCGCGAUCGCUUGGCAGGGCCUGGUCGUGAAGGACGUCUACGCAGCUUGGGUCCUCAUCGCAUGGGCAUUCGUCUGUUUUUUCGUGGCAAGCGUGGAGCAGCUGGCGUUCGCGUUGUACAUCAAGGACCAGGGGUCAUCCGGCAGGCUGAGGUGCAGCUUGAUCCUCUACCUCGUGGUCAUGAUCGGUGCCUACGGUGUCGUGUACCUGCUGCCCGUUCCCGGUUGGAUCACCGCAACUUGGGAAAACAAAUUCUAUUGCGUCUUCGACAUCUCGUUCAAGCUGGGCACGUCGGUAAUGCUCAUUGUUUCGAACGACCUGGCCGCCAACCACGAGGUAAUCACGCGUGCGAAGGCCGUGGCAGAAGAUCUCGAGACCCUCAUCCAAAUGGCGGCCGUGCCCAUCAUCGGAGCGAACGAUGCAGGCCUGGUCAACGAGUGGAACCAAAAGGCCGUAGAGCUGACCGGCCUGCCUGCAGACCUCGCCAUGGGCAAGAAGUUGAUUCACAUGAUGGGCAUAGGGAGCAGGGCCCAGGCAGAGCAGGUUAUCGGCAAAGCCCUGCUGGGCCACGAGGGCGGCAGCGUGGAGACCACACUGAACCCUGGGCAGCUCGAGGGCUGGUGUCGCCAAGACCUCUGCCUGAAGGCGGCCACGCUGGUGCUCAGCGCGACACCCAGGCGGAACAAGGCGGGCUUCAUCAAGGGCGUCACCCUUGUUGGAUAUGACCUCACCGAGGUCACGGCGUACAGGGAAGCCGAGCAGCGCAAGAUCAAUUUCAUGGCCAUCGUCUCGCACGAACUCCGAAGCCCUCUGCACGGUAUCAUAGGCCUCAUGGAGCACCUCUGCGACGAGGAGGAGGUCCCCAGCAAGCUUCGUUUCCUGAAGAUGGCGUCGAGCUGCGCCACAAGGCUUUUGGAUCUCGUCAUGAACAUCAUGGACAUGGCCAGCAUGGUGUCGGCGGACCCGAAAAACAAGCAAAAGCCUGUCAAGAAACUGUCGCACGACCCCGUAGAGCUGAGCAAGAUCCUGGAUGAGAUCAUUGUGCUUGUCAAGAACUCCCUGGACAAGACUGGCAAAAGCCUCCUGAAGAAAGAUGUGGAGCUUGCCAGCGAGGUCGGUGAGUUGCCGAUCAUUGAGGCGGACGCUCACAAAUGCACGCAGGUCUUCUACAAUCUCAUCACGAACGCUUGCAAGUUCACCGAGAAGGGCAAGAUCGUUGUGACCUCGAAGGUGGACCCAGACGAUGGCAAGUGGGUCGAGAUCAUGGUUACCGACACCGGCAAGGGCAUCUCGCAAGUGGCUUUGGAUCGCAUCUUCCUGCCGUUCGAACAGGAGGACAACUCGAUGAUAAGGGGCUACCAGGGCAUCGGUCUUGGCCUCUCUAUUGCCCAUGAGGUGGUUCAGCGGCACGGAGGUUCUAUCGUUGUGGAGUCGGAAAUUGGUGUGGGCUCCACCUUCACCGUGCGCUUGCCCAAGGUCAUGAAGGACUCCGUGGCAGCCGCCGUGACAGAGCCUUUGGCAGCGCAGUUGUCGGCGAACAAGGCGGAGAAGCCGGGUCAGUUCAGUGAGGACCCCGUCAUCAGCGAGGCUCCUGUCCCACAGCGCCUUCUGAAGCCCAAAGUUCUCUCGGUGGAUGACGACGAGACGAACCAGGAAGUGGUCAAGCGUACUCUGGGCUCCGACUAUGAUGUCGUUGUGGCCAUGGACGGAUACGAGGCUAUCGACUACCUCAAGAGCUGCGACGUGUUGCCUGACUUGAUGCUGCUCGACGUGAUGAUGCCUGGACUCUCUGGUUUUCAGGUCUGCAAGACCGUGCGCGAGGAGAUGCACAUUUCACAGUUCCAGUUGCCCAUCCUCAUGGUGUCCGCUUGCGGAGAGAAUGAAGCGAUUAUCGCGAGCCUCAAUAGCGGUGCCAACCACUACAUCAACAAGCCGUUCCACAAGCAGGUGUUGACCGCGCACUUAUCGGCGUCCCUCCGCCUGAGCCAGGACCACAAGCAGGAGCUCGAGCGAGCGGCGGGCGCCGCCACGGACGAGCCGAGGAAGGAUGGCACCGAAGACGGCGUGCGGCGCCGUCGGGCGGCAAACCGUGCCGAGUGAAGCGCCUGGCUCUCGAUCGGAUUGGGAGGCCGUGGUGCGUCUUCGAUGUGGUUGUGGUCGCUUGCUGUCCCUGCACUGUCUCACUUCAGACUCAGUUGCGGCUAUGAGCCCCACCAUUUUCGGGUUUUUGGCAUAAGACAAUGAUUGUCAUACGAUGUCAUGCUGACUGGUGCUUGGUAUACGCCCCAAUUUUCGGAUGCUUAGUCAAUGCUUGGUGUGUAUAUUCAACAUAUCGACAACACAUACGGCGAAUCACCGCCGCCUCCUGCCUUUUUGGAAGCGCCUGCGUAGCCGAAAGUUCGGUUUAUCGGGCCACGCGUUCCCCGAGUGGGUUUCGAAAGCUUUCGGGGACUAUCGUACGCGCGGACCUGCGUGGGUGUGCGGGAGCGUGGUGCCGAUGCAGACGCGUGUGUUUGCGUACGCAGUGCACGGGUAGACGCGCACGUGACACGAGUGCUGGGCAGAGAACACCUCGGUCUCUCCUCUCGUAGCCCCCGCCGCCCUGCUCAAACUCCCCGGGGCAGCACUCCUGCCGCGCAGCUGUGAAGUUUUUUUUGCCGCAGCCUUCAGCGCGGCUGCGUCCUGGGCAGACCGGGCAGGAGCCCCUUCUCAGGAGCAGGCCCGCCCUGCUGCUCCUCCCCUGCAGUGCUCGCGCCCUCCCUGUCACAAGGACCCCCUGUACAGUGUAGAGGGCACCUCAGCACACGGUAGAGUCCGCCUUCGAUCACUACGCUUGCACUCGCCGGAAAGGCCGCAAGGGCGAUAUGGAGCCCUUGAUUGGCCAUUCGGAAGAACUUCGUUUUCGCCGCUGAGGUCGCCAAAGACCUUGUCCCAGAGCAGGAAGGCUAGAUUGAGCCUCGGGCCGCAGCGUCGCUUCUGAUACAGCUGGACCCUGAAUGGGGUCUGGAUCUGCUCGGCGGGAAAAGGAUGCUAGAUGGAGCCUGGGACCAAACGUGGCCUCCGUGACAGUUCGGCUCUGCAACAAGGCUCGGAGCCCGCUCUGCCCUGGCUGGUGGAGAAGCAUACGGGUUAUACUGACGUAUUUCAAACUGGCACUUUCAGCUUGGGCGGUAUGAUUUAGACAAUCUCAUCAUUCUGAUGAGGGGUGAGAGCCCUCAUGUUCUGAGGAAUCGCCGGGGACUUUGACCCGGCCAAUUCUCAGCAUCAAGUUUCGCAAUAUGAAGUGGGGUUGUAGCACACUCGUGUCAUGCUACGCCACUCCACUCAGUAUCAUGUCAUCAUGCCGUGUCCGUAGACAUGUUUGAAUCUGGAAUCGAUCGCUCAAGGUAUGUCCACAUCCUGCCUUAAUGGUUCCAGACACACGGGUUCUGCUGUGACUUGCACACUUGAACUCUCUAGUGGGAGCAGGAUUGGCAAAAGUUACAAUGUUGGGUGUAUGUGUGUGCCGCCAGUUGGGGGAGACAGCAGUUACAUCCAACGCUUGCAAGUUUGGCAUGUGUGUGCUGGCCGAGUUCGAAGCCGAUACCGACAUCCUUAGAUCGUUGGCAAUGAUUCGCAGGUCAUUCCAAAGGGCGAUUGCAUACUAGAUGAUCAUGGUUUCAGAGAAUGGCAUUCGGCCGAUAUCGUGG